UCUGUGGCGGUGCUGCGGCUGCCCUGUUUUCUGCCAGCUGGGAGGGGCCGGGUAGGGGUUCUGCGGGAGCCCUAGGAGGUGGAAGGUUAAGCAUGGGGAAGAGCUGCAAGGUGGUCGUGUGUGGUCAGGCAUCCGUGGGUAAAACUUCAAUCCUAGAACAGCUCCUGUAUGGGAACCAUGUAGUGGGUUCUGAGAUGAUUGAAACCCAGGAAGAUAUCUACGUAGGCUCUAUUGAGACAGAUCGCGGAGUGCGGGAGCAGGUGCGUUUCUACGACACCCGGGGGCUUCGAGAUGGGGCUGAGCUGCCCCGGCACUGCUUCUCCUGCACGGAUGGCUACGUCCUGGUCUACAGCACAGAUAGCCGAGAGUCCUUUCAGCGUGUGGAGCUACUCAAGAAGGAGAUUGACAAAUCUAAGGAUAAGAAGGAGGUCACCAUUGUGGUCCUGGGCAACAAGUGUGACCUACAGGAACAGCGGCGUGUAGACCCAGAUGUGGCUCAGCAUUGGGCCAAGUCAGAGAAGGUGAAGCUGUGGGAGGUAUCAGUGGCUGACCGCCGCUCCCUCCUGGAGCCCUUUGUCUACCUGGCCAGCAAAAUGACCCAGCCCCAGAGCAAGUCUGCCUUCCCCCUCAGCCGCAAGAACAAGGGCAGUGGCUCCUUGGAUGGCUGAAGAGCUACCAUUCCUUCUUCAUCCUCCCAACCCUGUUCCAGCUUUUGGAACUCUAGAGGAUAGGCUAAGCGUAGGGCGUGUAUGUAGGCAAUCUGUCCUUCCCAGUCAGCAGAGGGAGCACCCCACUAGCCUAGGCAUCUGGGCUAUCUCAGGCCCAUGCCACUUCUCUCUCUGAACUCUUAAGAAAUGCAGAUAAUUUUGACUAGUGCCCUCUUCCCAUACUCUGCCUCCUUACCUCCCAACUUACGUCAGAUUUAUCUCCACUGUUGCCUAGAGUUGUGGGUCAGCAUCCCUUCUAUCUGCCCUGGACAGGAAAUAGAGCUAUCAUACUGAAAGUGCCCAAUUUAGGAUUUGGGUCCUAUUAUAGGGUCCCAACUUCCUGAGCUUCCUGCCAGUAACAGACACACACACACACUCACUCACUCACUCACUCUCUCACUCUUAAGGCACUAUCCUGGACUUUGAGAAUGGGUAUCCAGGUAUUGUAUGCGUGGCGUACAUGUGCUUACUUGUGUUAGCAUUAGGAGAAGCUCCAUCCCUCACCUAACCUUCUUCCUGGCCUAUCCUUGGCUGGAAGAGGCUAGUCACCUAGGAGUAUCAUUUUCUGUAUGAAUUCUUUCCCUGCUCCCAAUUAUUUCACUUCCUCUUCCUGUUUGGAGAGCAGAUGGGCCUCUUUGGUUGAAGUUGAAUGGAGAGAUGACUGGGCUAAGCAACAAGCUGACCCAGCAACGUGUUGGUUUUCUCAUCUGUAAGUGAUAGGAGUUGCUUAGACGAUCUACAUCCUUUCCAGUUGGAUGACUUUCUAAAGCCAGAGGCUUGAGCCACCUGUGACUGGCCCCCUUGCUUCUCCCUCUUCAAGGUGCUAUGCCUGCCAGCCCUGGAGGCUGGACACAUCUCUUCCUCCAACCACCAGGGGGCAGGAGUUCACUCUCCACUCUCAGUUGCCAGAGUGGCCAAUCAGUGCCCAAUCUAUCCACCUGCCCUUGAGGGCUGGUCUUCAUCCCUUCCUCUGGUUGUUUUCAGCUAGUAGCUGAACUAUUUAUAUCACCUAUAUUUAUAUGCUUGCUGCCAUGGUGAAAGCCGGACAAGGUGCUUCUCUAGCCCUUCUUACCUCAGAUGUCUGAACAGAACCAGGCAAAUCACUAGCAGCUUCCUAGGAGCUCCCAGGUCUUCCAUUGGGGCUCUGAAGGAUAGCUACUCACGCAGAUGUGCUAUCAAGUGAGCUUAAAACCUCCAACCUUCCAAUGCCCUCUUCAUGCUUCUGGUGUGCACACUUAACAGGUGAGACACUAGCCAGGUGACCUCCAGUACAUGCCCCUUCUCCCCAGAAUGGGAGAGGUAAGCAGGGGCAGGUGUCUAGGGUUGGGCAAGGAGAGGGCAUCUACAGGCUCAGGCUCAAAGUUCAUUUAUUGAUAUGUUGGACACAAUAAAACCACAAUUGCUAUUAUCAAAAA